CAUGAGUACUUCAGACAAAGGCACCAAUGCAAAUCCCAGCAACUGAUCUUCAAGAUAGUUCCUCACCCUGCUCAUCAUGAAUAUCUCACAUUUGAGGGAGGAUUCAACAGUUCGGACAUUGAGACUUAGGUUUUCAUUGAACACUGGAUUCUUCCCACCACCAUUUAUGAUCUUGGUGGACACUGCAAAUUCAGGAUCACUAGUCAAGCAAAGCUUGGCAUAGACAUCUUGCUUGUGGUAAAUGCAGAUGUUAUGGAUGUCCCUAGCCUGGUGUACGUAAACAUCAAGAACUCCAACGUUUUCCAGGUUAGACAUUACAACUUCCUUUCCGUUAACUUCAGAUCCCUUUGAUAAGCCACCAGACCCAUGAGUGGAAAAAUCGGAUUUCUGCUUCUCAUGCUCAGCUACAACAGAGCUCUUAAAUGGUGACACAACAGACUGAGGAGAAUCCAUGAUAAUACCAAGAAGCUGAACCUGCAAAGCAGAAGAAAUGUCCAUUUAAAAA